AUGAAGGUUUUGGUUCUACCUCUGAUUCUUUCUUCAAUUGCUGUUCUCAAUGUGAUUGGUAAUGGAAAGCAUGCGUCACAGUGCUGCAAUCAUCCUAAUAACCAGAUCAUUCACGAAGUUAAUGUAUCUGUGUGGAACUUUGACUGCGAUGAACCAGUUCAAAUCAAAUGCAACAAUAUAAACUUUGCCGCAGAUUUGGUCGGCAUUGCUGGACUUAGAUCAUUUAAGGAAAACUUCAAAGUGUUCACCAGAAACCCAAAACAAUGCGUCAGAAAUUUGACUUGUGCUCCAUUUCAAGGUAUUUGGACAGAACCGCGUAAAUGGGUACCUGAAGGCAGGACUGAUGGAUUCUUUAGCUUUGCUUGUGCCUACAAAAAGAAUGGAAAAUGGCAAUUCUUUGAAGAUUGA